AUGAUCACUCCAAGUCCAGAGCAACCAAAUUUUAAUCAGUUGCCUGCAGAUGGUCUCGUGAAUGACGACCACCUUUCCUGCAACGAAGAUUACUGGAGUAUUAAUGUUGAGCGCCCAGAAGCACAAGCUUGGAAUAAUUAUUUGGUGGAGGUGGACGAGCUUGACAAGGAAUCUGGGCAAGCCCACGGCCUCCACAUGCUGUUAUCCAAGGAAAACGAGACGCAUCCCAAGAUUUGUAGCUGCUGCUGCGUAGAUCUAUCUGAUCCUGAUCAUCUUAUCACUUCAGCUCGUCAGGAGGCCUUGCAGUUGAUCCUGGCUCUCAAUUCUUACCAUGCUUUCUCCGCCUUCACUGCAGUUUUAUCGGUUAACUAUCUUGAUCGGUUUCUGCUCGGCUUGCACAUGUGGAGGGACAUGAAGCCAUGGAUGCUGCACUUGGCUGCACUCGCUUGUCUUUCUUUAGCAGCCAAAGUGGCCGAAACCCACGUUCCUCUUCUCCUUGAUCUACAAGUAGUUGAGAAAUCGAGCUUUGUGUUUAGCCCAAAAUCAAUCCAAAAAAUGGAACUUUUGGUGCUCUCUCUGCUAGAAUGGAAGAUGAACCCGGUUAUCCCACUUUCUUUCUUGAGCUACAUAAUCAAAAACACAUCCCCGCCCGCAGAUCACAGACGUGCUAUGGAGUUCACGGCCUUAUUUGAGCAUUUUUCUAUUUCUCUGCUCAGUGAUUUGAGAUUCGUGCAUUAUCAGCCAUCCACAGUUGCUGCUGCCGUAGCGCUGCAUGUGAUGAAGGAAAUGGACUUUGAUUUCUGCAAGAAUAAACUCUGCACUCUUCUUCAUCAAUUCAACAAAGAGAAAUUCGAAGCAUGUUAUCAGCUCAUCCUGCAGGCGUCUGUAUCAAAUCAGGUUGGCAUUGAUGAGCAUUAGUAUUCUUAUGAGUUAUGAUCUUCUACCUAUAUAUCCAGGCCUUUACUCUUCUAGUCUCUUCUACCUAUCAAAUCGGGUUUACGUACCGAUCGAUUAACAUUGAGAAUAUUAAGAAAAUGGUCGUUUCAUCUCUCCUACGAUCGAUG